AUUUGAACCAAACAAUAACUCCCACUGUCGUCUUUCAACCACGGCCCACCAUGUGGUCAACAAUUCUCCCCGAGCUGAUGUCCAUCACAGUCUUCAUCCUCACAAUCCUCUGCCUGCAAGCUGGUCACUCGCCCUCCUACCUGCAAAACUACGCCAUUCUCUCUCUCAACACAACCGGUCUAAAAAGCGCCUACCACGAGCGCACACAAGCUGGGCUGCCCAUCCACGAUGUAUACAACCUCUACAUGAUGACGACUUGCUCUGGGUACUGGACAAAUAACUCUGCCCCUCCUCCUGCUCUAGUCACUUGCUCGCCAGUCUCGUGGUACUCAAAAUUCCUCCCAGCAACUCUAAUCCAAACCGAUCUCACUUCCCACCACGGCGCCAACCUCUCAUCCCUCUCCUUCCCACCCUCUAUCCAAUCCGCCUUCGUCGAGCGGUUCAACCUCCAGCUCCACGUCGCGUUCAUCUUUUACGUUAUUGCGCUCGUGUGGGUGGGGAUCGUGAUCGUGUGGGGGAUGCUGGCAUGUUGGGUCGGCGUGCUGGGGAGUUUUGCCGUGCUUUUCACCUCCUCAGCAUCAACAUCCCUCCUCAUCGCCUCGGCCAUCGUUAGCGUCGUCCAAUCGCAAGCCGUCGCUCUGAUAAAUGAUCAAGGUGCAAAUAUCGGGUUAUCAGCGGGCUAUAAUGGGAGGUUUCUUGCGCUGACGUGGAGUGCGUUUGCGAUUAACUGUGUCAGUUCGGUGGUAUGGAGUUUGAGUGGGUUUUGUAGUGGGCUUGUGAGGGGACGGGGGGACUUUUAGGCUUUAAGGGGGGGAAGGAAUAGUGAGGGGGGCUGGUGUACAUAGGAGAAAUAUCUGCAGUGGCUUUUCUUGGACAUGAUAGGGCGGCUGGAAGGAGUUCAUUCUCAGGUCAAAGGAAGUUUUGUGGUCUUGAUAGCAAAAGCGUUCAUCAAUACACAUCGUUUUCCACUUAAGUGGGAUUAGG